UCUGGGAACAAUGGUCUUUUCCAUUCUGCCUAACAUGUUAUCGCUAUGGGCCAAGGUCUGAGAACCACUGUCUUUCCCAUUUUUCAUAACAAGUUUACAUUUGUUAUUACAAAUGUGCACAAAAAGGGGCUCCAUUCCCUCGUCAAAGUUACAUUUGCCAUUUGCUUCUGAGUCUUUUACGACAGACAUCUGCCCUGAGGAGUGAACCUGCAUUCAACUAAAAUGAAUCCUUCACCUCCAGGUCGGUCAAUUCAGCCUGGCUACACCCGCCGGGACCCUCGUCCUUCUCCCUAUCCAAGACCUGCGCCUGCUGACCCCAUGGCCGGCUAUCGCCGCUUCCAACUGCGUCAUAUCAUCUCUGAGCUCACUACGCUUCUGGAACAGCUCAUUUCUCCUGAACUGCCUGCGCAUGCUUAUCUGCCAUCCCCUAUUAUGAGAAAUCCUCCUGUUCUCAUGUCCUCCUCUCAAACCACUCUGGUAAACCUCGUGGACAGGGGAUCUCAAACUGAUGGCUGUCCUCAUGCUCACCCUUGCACCCGUGAGCCUGGAACUCCCGGCUCCCCCCCUCCUUAUGCCUAUGUUCGUCCCCUCUCUCCCACCUUUCCAUCUUCUCCCUCUUAUUCUAACCCUGCGUCUCCAGAUUACACUCCUGAAUCUCCAGAUUACACUCCUGGAUCUCCAGAUUACACUCCUGGAUCUCCAGAUUACACUCCUACUACUCCCCUUUACUAAGGCCUAAUAAAAACACCUUAAUAAUAAUAAUAAAUCACCUUCUAUCCACCCUCUGACUCAAGUGUGGUUAUUUGGUUAUUUUAUUCUCUAGUUAUAUAUUACCUUAAGAUUAUUACAACAUCUGGGGUUUG